CUUGUCGACUGUAUGUCAAAAUAACAACAUUGACUUUCAGCAUGUCAUUUUAGACAAAUGUUUACCCAAAUUUAUAAGUUAUUUGAAAAAACUCAUUUCAAAGCAUGAUAAAACCAAAAGAAAGGGGGGCAUGCAGUAUAGGCAAUUAUUUGAAGACUGGAAAGUUGAAAAGUAUAUUUUGACAGUUGAUGUCUCUGAGGCAUAUCGUCCGGCUAUGCAGAAGCAGUUGUUACAGGAAAGAAAAUUGAGGACGAUUAUGUUCAAAAGAUACCGUUCAGUUGUUCACCAGGCAAAGAAACUCCAGACUCAAAAAAUGUGUUGCGUAAAAAGAUUCAAAAAUUAUAUUGCAUGUUAUUGCAAAAUCAAAACAGUAAAUCAGUCAGACCUUUGAGGGUUUUAGAACCUAAUACAUGUUUGUCUAGAUCUCAGAUACAUAAAAGAAAAAAGAUGUUAUUGGGUGACUGUAGGAAGUCUUUGGCAUUUGUUGGGAGGUACAACAUGGAAGCAGUCUCUGUAGACGUUAGACAGGAAGAUGGCAAACGGUUACGUUUAUCUCUGGAUAAGAAUUCAGUUUCAGACGUUAAAGAAGAGAAUGGCUCUGUCACGGAUUUAGAUGCACUAUUGUAUGUUAAGGAUUCUGAAAACAUAUCGAACAAAGCUUAUCAUGAAUUAUCAAUGGUUGUACCAGACAUGCCACGGUUACAUUCAGUUGUCAAAAGAGCUAAGGAAAUCAAUGUUGAUGUAAAGAUCAGGGACACACCAAAUGAUACUGUUGGUGUUCAGCAAUCUCUGCGAGAUCGACUUACUAACUGUGUAUCUAACAUUGUUGCAUCGGGGAAGGGUCAGGCUAUACUUUCGAAGCAAUCUGUCAAUGUUAAACUCACGGGUGAUGGCACUGAACUAGGCAGGAGAAAAAAGGUAAUAAAUUUUGGUUUUACUAUAUUGGAUGAAGACCUAUGUACUUCAGUCAGAGGAAACUAUUUGUUAGCCAUGUUUACAGGUAAUGAAACUUAUGAUAAUAUCAGAAAAGCCCUAGAAGAUAUAGUCACAGAAGCAAAGGCAUUAAACACUUUGAACAUUGGAGGUACCCUGGUUCAUGUUACAUAUUUCCUAGGUGGAGACUUAAAGUUUCUAAACAUGGUGUGUGGUCUUGCUUCAUGUUCCUGCACUUACAGCUGUGUUUGGUGCAAAUGUCCUAACUUUGACAGACAUGAUAUGAGUAGAGAGUGGUCACUUGUUGAUGUUCAGAAAGGCGCCAGGACAGUAGAGGAAAUUUCAACAAUGUCUAACAAAAAAAAUAAGAAUUUCAACUGUCUUCAUCCACCUCUAUUCAGUUUUAUUGCCUUAACCAGAGUAGUACCAGAUUUGCUACAUUUAUAUCUUCGAGUAUCUGACCAGCUGGUGAAACAUCUCAUCACUGAGCUUAGAACGAGGGACACCAUUCAAAGUUCAGUGACGUGA